AUGCAUUUCAAAUCUACUCUCGUCACCCUGAUCGGGUUGACUGCCCCGGUCUUUUCAGCGCCAGCGAUAAACCUGGAGAAGCGCACGAGUCGCACCAGCGCGCCUUCGGGCUGUUUGAGCGUCGGCUCUGGUCAGACAUACUCGACCAUCGGAGCUGCCCUCACAGCCUUGGGCUCGUCCACUACCGAUGCGUGCAUUUUUGUCGCCAGUGGGACUUACUCCGAGCAGCUUACCAUCAAGUAUGGCGGAGCUUUGACACUGUACGGACAAACCAGUGACACUGGCUCAUACAAGAACAAUGUUGUGACCAUUACCCACACUAUCUCUUCGCCCGAGGCUGGGUCCUUGGACAAGAGUGCUACCGUGAACGUGGUGUCCGACAACUUCAAGAUGUACAAUAUCAAUGUGGCCAAUGGUUACGGCAAAGGUGCUCAAGCUGUGGCACUUGUCGCAAAUGCGGAUCAGCUUGGAUUCUACGGCUGCAAGUUUACGGGAUAUCAAGACACUCUUUACGUGAAAGCUGGCACUCAAUACUACUCCAACUGUUACAUUGAGGGUGCUGUCGACUAUAUCUUUGGAGAUGCCUCCGCCUGGUUCGGCGAAUGUGACAUUGUCUCGAAUGGCUCGGGAGCCAUCACCGCAUCCUCGCGCGAAACCUCCACUGAUGACGGCUGGUAUGCAUUCGACAACUGCAACAUUCAGGCCGCCUCAGAUGUCUCCUUGACCCAGUCUGUGUACUUGGGUCGUCCUUGGAGAGUGCUGGCCCGGGUCAUCUAUCAGAACUCGGUCUUGUCGAACAUCAUCAACCCCAAGGGAUGGACCACGAUGGCCGAGGGCGCGACCCCACUGUACUACGAGUACAAUAAUUCGGGUGCUGGAUCAAGCACUUCGAGCAGAAAAUACGAGAGCUCAAUCUCGGCGGCUGUGACUAAGACCACGGUGCUGGGUUCCACAUGGGGUGAUUGGAUUGAUCGGAGCUAUUAA